AUGACGAAUUUGAAUCACACCAAGGCUUACCAGCCUCUUCAGAGUCAAACUGCCAGAAUUUCCCACACCACAAAAGAUCUUCUCCAACCACACAUUAAAGGCUAUGAUCAUGCCAAGAUCAUUGGCCGUCUUCAAGAAAACUUGAAAAGGGAUCAUUCCUUGAAGGCCUCCAUGAAGAGAGGUAGUCGAGCUGUCAUUGAUGCAACUCAAUUGAUGCCACCAUUUGCGGACGAAGAGCGAUUGGAUAUCAAAUAUGGGUUAAAGUACCAUAUCAAAGAGCUUUUCAGACACCCUAGAGCCGAAAUCAAGUUGCUCACCGACAAGCUUAAGCGCAAGAUGUUUGCCUUUGCAGAUGCGCCCAUGCCUUGUAGAGGGUUUAAAACUAGCACCAAGAAGCCCAGAAGCUUUGCCAAACAGGAUUCUGGUCGAGCACCUCGCCCAAAAACUUCCCCAAAAGAUCCAACAAAAAGUCCAACCAAGGAGGCACUACAAUUUGAGAAACUGUUAUUCCAAACUCGCAAGAGCUUCCUGACCGAAAGGUCCUGUGGAAUGAAGCCAGUAAUUCCAACUUAUUCGAACCAACCCCCAAGCUCCAUACCUCCUUUUGACGGGCUUCAAGAGGAAUUGAAGGUAUUCGACAACCUACCACCCGAGCCAGAUAGUUUCAAAAACCUCGAAAAGUUUGUCGAGGAACAGCAGAAGCUCAGCUCAAGCUCGAUAUUACGGCAGAAGCUGUCUGGUUUACGUCCAAGAAGAAUUAGGCUGGCUGUCUUUUAUGGAACCCCAAGGAAAAAGCUCUUCCUCAAGAUCGAUCAAAUAAUGUCUUAUGUCGAGCAGGAGAUGUCCCAAACAGAGAGUUGCAACAAAACGACUCAAAGAAACCGAAUCGAUGCUCUUGUAGCCGAUUUAAAGUCCGAGCUUGAUACCCUAAACGGCAAGGUGAACCAAAGGCUUCUCGAAAUAUCCAGAACCUACAUUAAUUACAGUCUGACGAUGAUGCGUUGCCUGAAGAUGAUGAAGGAGCAAUUCGAGGACCACAUCAUUUUUCGUCAAAGAUUGAUGAAGGAGUUCACAAUCAACGGUGACUUCAAGGGCUCUCCAUCCACACGAAGAGCUCUAAUGGCGCAACUAGCCACCCUAGAAUCAUUGACUUUCCAAAUGUACUCCAUCCACAAUCAAAUAGCUGCUCGCCGAAUCAUACUAUGUGGCGAUCUUCGAGUCUUGAGCACAAUUGACUCGAGGAUCGAGGAGUAUCACAAGAAGAUGGCCUUGCUCCACCCAUCUUUCAAGAGCUUGAGAAGGAAAUCAAACAGCAUUCAGCGACCCGGUUUCCGGCCCUUCAACCGAGCAAUUCUUGACCACUGCAGUUUCUGUGAACAGUUUUUCCGGCUAAUUCUCCCUCUACGAGAUCGGUUCUUUAAAGAGAUGGAGGAUCUUUACGCGGCCUUAAUUCGCUUUUGA